AUGCAGCAACCCGGCCGGCUGAGGCUGAGGCCGUGGCUGGAGGAGCAGAUACAAUCUGGGAGUUAUCCAGGGGUCAGCUGGCUGGACCAGUCAGCGCGUAUCUUCCAAAUCCCAUGGACGCAUGCGGCUCGUCAUGGCUGGAGUAUUGACCGAGAUGCUACACUCUUCCGGAGCUGGGCCAUGCACACUGGACGGUACUGUCCAGGCAAAGACAAGCCAGAUCCCAAGACGUGGAAAGCGAAUUUCCGCUGCGCCUUGAAUUCUCUGCCUGACAUCUGUGAGCUGCGGGAACACAGCAGGAAGAGAGGCAGCAAUGCCUACAGAGUCUACAGGAUGCUGCCCAGCACACAAACACAAAGACGCAGGAGAGGGCUGCGGUUCAGCAGGCCCCGAGAAAGACAGGCGAGUUUAGGUGAUGAUACAUGCACCAUGUACACUUGGCAACCGACAACAACAAGACCCAUUUCAGACACACCACAGAGGGUAGAGACCCCUGCAGAGGACAUAUUUAGCAACACUCAAACAUAUGGGAUGUGGGAGGCCAACCCUGAGGACCAGGAACAGAAUGAGGCUGUGUUUAAGUUGAUGGAUCACUUAAGCAAUGCUGACCUCUGGAACCAAACUGGGGAGCAGAGAAGAUGGAAAACACACACACUGUGGGACCAAUGGCCCUGUGCUGGUGAUGAUAACCCGUACUCUCUGCACCCAGAGAACUACAGUGAUCUGUUUGGUCCAAACUCCAUUUAAGGAACUCUCUGACCGGUCCACACAUCGACAAACACUGAUGCCGUAGCUGUGCACCAACGACUCGUCCUCCUACUGUUUGUGUUUACCCCAUAUUUGAUUAAAAGCGUUUUUUUUUUUCUUCAGGCUUCCUUGCUAACCUUCAGCUGUCUUUCUGCUGAGCUGACCACUGAACGAGAGAAACAAGAGAGGGCAAGCGGACAGAUAUAUUGCUCUGUCAGUCAGUCAGUUGGUCAUCCUCCCUGGUGAGCAUGCUGAGAUGAAGAUCCUGUUCCAAGCCAAGCUUUACCUCUGUCAUCAUCACUUUGGUUCACUAUGGUUCACCGCCUCAAGCUCACUAAACUGAUGCCAAGCUCACACCACAGCUCACAGAGUAAACAGAUAUAAUUUCGCUUAAGUGCAGGAUCAGUUAGUGCUCUACUGUUUCUUUGAGUUUUACUGGAUGUUUAGCCAAAAUACAGUAGAAUAAAGUGCAGAGCACAGAGGGCGGUCAUGUGGCUUUAAUGGUUUGUAGGUGUGUGUUUAUGGUUGGAGUUCAAAGCCGAGUUAAGUUCCAGUAUAUAUGUGUUUUUUGUCCAUAUAUAGAGU